UAUAAAAGUAUUGAUUCUAUCUCAGAAGAAAAUCAUUCUCUAGUUAGAAGUUCGACGGUGCGAGCGUUUCAAGUUACGUAUCAUUUAAAUUUCAGGAUGAAACUAACGCAUCUUGUGGUGGUUCUAGGGUUGGCCUACAGUGUUGUGGCUCAGUCUCCACCGAAAGAUCUGGAAGAGCUUGGAAAAAUUCCCAACGGAGCGUCAUAUGCUGUGGAGUGCCUCAAGGAUAGUGGGUUGCAGCUCGAUUCGCUCAAAUCCUUACAUACGGGUGAUUUUUCAAAAGGCGAAGAUGUGAAGUGCAUAGUGAAAUGUUUUUACCAGAGAGCAGGAUUCAUGGACGCUGAAGGGAACCUCAAUGGAGAAGCAAUUUUGGCGCAACUGAGGCAGCUUCUUCCGGAAGAUCGUGUCAAGGCGCUAGUAGAAAACUGUAAUGUGCAGGGGAAAGACGCCUGUGAUACAGCGUAUCUUGCGACCGAAUGUUAUUUCCGGAAUAAGGCUUUUUAAUACAAUAGAACUAUCAACUUCUAGUGAAAUUCUUCACAAUCUCAAUUUACAAUCAUCUGAUCUUUAACGAUUGAUAUAUCUUUCUUCGAGCAAAAAACAGAAAAUUGUGAAUAAUGCAAUGGUGAUUUUUAGUGGACUCAGAUCUAAAGUUGAAAUGAUAUUCAGGCAGGAAACGUUAAUAGUUCGUAGACAUGAUUAAGAAUAUAGAACAAUGCUCAAUUCGACUAGAGUUUGAUAUGAUGUUUAUUAUCGUUUUAAUUUAUACGUUCGCAUCAAUAAAUACUUGUUUGCCAUA